CUGCAACGUCGCACUCACAUUUUGCAGAUUAUACAACAAAACGUUUUGUAAAUACUUUGCACUAAUUUAACAGUUUUUUGUCAAUUAAAGUGAUAACUUAGGAGUAAUCAAACACAGCAAACAUGAGCAACUUAACGGCGGCUUUCCAAAUGUUAAGGCAGCGAUUGAUAGCUCCAGCGAUAGGAAACUCCACGCGUUGUUAUGCCGUCAAACCGGCGGCGCCAGCGGGCAAGAAGAAAAAGCUUGGCAAGCUGGGACCCAUUAUGGAAAAGAAAAUCAUUCCCGUGGAGACGGACGCCAAUAAAUUGGUCAACUAUGUGUGCGGUAGCAACUACCUCAAAACUGGCGAGGACGUAAAGAUCAAACCGGAUGCUGAGUAUCCCGACUGGCUGUGGUCCCUGAACACCCAAGGCAUCAUCCCGCUGGACGAGCUGGAUCCCAAUUCCAAGCAGUACUGGCGCCGCCUGAGGAAAAUGGCUCUGCGGCGCAACAACCAGCUGUCCAAGCUCAAGAAGUUCUAGGUUUUAUCGUUGAUCGUUAACCGUUGACUUUGGAGACCCGAACCCGACCCUCAAGGCGACCCAUGUUGUUUGCCAUGCUCUCCUGAGCAACAAGUGUGUAAACACUAUGUUUUCCCUUUAAAAAACAAACCGCAAAUACAUUUUUCCUUAUCAAUAA